CCGGAGUCUCGCUGACCUGCUGCCUGCGGCGAGGAGCAGGGCCCCCUGCUCCUAGGAGGCUGGCUGAGCGGCACUGGCCCCCAGACGGGCAGGGCAGGGACUGGAUCGCCGUCCGUGUCACCCUGUCAUUAGCAUUGAACUGGCCCCCGGACAGCGCGGCACUGGGGGGCUGCGGAGAGGGUUUGCUCAGGCUGGCCCCUGGCCCCGCUGGUCAACGUGGCAGAGCCUCUGGGAAGAGGGCUCUGACUGCAGCUGCAUGUUCCCUCUGGCCCCCAGCCCGACGCCGCUGGCUUGGAAACAAGCUCUCUGCGGCCAGCUGGGUGGGCUGCAGGCUCUGCUCCCCACAGGUUUAUCAGCAUCUGGCCGAGCCAGGAGCUGUCAGGGAGCGCCCAGGUCACAGGACCCCUGCUACUGGCUGCACUGCUGACUCCUGCAUGUGAGCAGCAGGGCUGGCAAAAUUCCCCUCACCCCCGCCUGGCCCCAGGGAGCCCCCCCAGCCCCAGCUCAGCUGCAUUCCCAUCCUAACAGCCCCCAGUGCCAGCUGUGUCCAGCCCAGUGCAAACGCCUCAGGCCCGGGGGCCCAUUGCAGGGGGAGGGUGUCUACCACCCCCCUGCAAGGCUGGGAGGUCCACAGCAAUGAGGAGCUUGGGCCCCCCCACCCCGGCUCUGUGCAGGGGGGCUCCCAGCAAGCACUGGCGGUGGGGUGGGCUCCAGACUGUUGCAACGACUCCCCAGUCAGAGCCAAGUGCAGACGUCCCGCUCCAGCAAAGGUCCUCCCCAGCACUCCGCUGAUGCCAGCCCCCCGCUUCUGACUAAACACUCAGGGCUCUGGGCCGAGGCCCGGCAGAUGUCAAUAAUCCCAGCUGUGUUAUGACUGUGCCGUGUCUGCCCCUUGGCGCGCUCCACUUCUUCGGAAUUCUCUGUUGUGCAAGAGGCUCUUGGAGCACGCAGCCCCUCCUCGUCCUCCCCCGCUCUGGAGGGGGAAUGCAGCAGGGGCUGGGGGCUGCUAGGAGGAAUAUGCUGGGAAUGUCGGUGCUGGGGGGCGGGCGGGCGGGCUCCAGGCAGGCCCACUGCCAGAGGUUAUCACUCCGGCUCCGGCUCUGGGGCAGGGGAGGAGCCCCGGGGAAGCUCACAGCCCCCUGCCUUUCUUCUCUAGGCACCACCUGGAUGCAGGAGAUCCUGACCCUGAUCCACAGCAAGGGGGACCUGGAGCCAGCCAGGACCAUCCCGAACUGGGCCAGAGCCCCCUGGCUGGAGCACACGUACUUCAAGGACAUGCUGCAAGAGACCAGCGGGCCCCGCCUCAUCACCACGCACCUCCCCUGCCAGGUCCUGGCCCCCGCGCUGAGGAAAUCCAGGGCCAGAGUGAUCUACAUGGCCCGGAACCCCAAGGACGUCGCCGUUUCCUUCUAUCACUUCCACAAGAUGGCCAAGUUCCUGCCAGACCCGGGCUCCUUUGAGGACUUCCUCGUCCGCUUCCUGGAUGGCACAGUGCAGUACGGCUCCUGGUUCGACCACAUCAAGGGCUGGCUCAGCCAGCGGGCCCAGCUGGAUCUCUUCUACAUCACCUACGAGGACCUGCACCAGGAGCUGGGGCGCUCGGUCGAGCGGCUGGCUGAUUGGCUGGGCUGCCCGCUGCAGCCGGAGGAGAGCAGAACAAUCCAGCAGCACUGCAGCUUCUCCUCCAUGCGCGAGAAUACGAUGGUGAACUACACGCUCAUCCCCUGCGAGAUCAUGGACCACAGCCGGGGCAGGUUCAUGCGGAAAGGGACAGUGGGAGACUGGAGAGACCACUUCACCCCGCUGCAGAACAUGCGCUUCCACAAGAUCUACCAGGAGGAGAUGCAGGACUCCAGUCUGCGCUUCCACUGGCUCAUGGACUGAUGGGGGGCUGUGCUGGCGAGGGGUGUGGCUAAGCAGGCAGGGCAGGGGCUUUGUCCACGCUUGGGACUCGGGGAACAAAACUCUAAGCUACGUACUUUGUUGGGCAACAUGUGCUGGACCCCCACUAGCCAGCCCCAGCCAGUGGAGAAGGCUGUGCCAGUCACAGCCCUAGGGAGGUGAUCAAGGCCUCUGGCUUCUCCUGGAGGCACCGGGGGGGGGGGGGGGACACAGAAGAUUGGCUGGAACAUCAUGGGGGGGAUGCACUGGUCACAGCCAGGGUCACAAGCCCCCGCCCUGCUGAAUGUUACCCUGCACACAGCUACAAGCACCAUUCCCCAGCCGUGAGCGCCCGCCGGGCUGCCCAUCUCUGCCCCAACCUAGGCUGUGCCACUCCCCCAGAGGGGAGCCAGGGCAGCAGCCUUGCUGGAGGCCCUGAUGGGGGACGUUGACUCUGCCCAGUCACUCCCUCCCUCCCUCCUCAGACUUUGCAAAACACCCACUGUGACCAAAAAAGGAAGCACGGGCCCCAGGGUCUGGGGAGGGACACAGCUUUGGCAGCCAGGCUGCAAUUCCUGUGAAUGAAUCACAAGGUUCUCUUGUCUUCAAGCCAAGAUAAGCUUCAGAAUAACAGGUGACUCUUGCCAGAGUGUUUCAGGAUAAGCUGUAUUUAUAUAUAGGAAGGCAGCAGAUUUCCCUGCAGGCUGGCAGGCCUUGGCAGCCCUUGGCCCAGUGCAAACCAGCCUGCAGGCCCUGCCUAGCCUGCGGGUUUAAGUAGAGGGACCGGAUGUCCCAGUUUUAUAGGGACUGUCCUGAUUUUUAGGUCUUUUCCUUAUAUAGGCUCCUAUUACCCCCACCCCCAUUUUUCACACUUGCUGUUGGGUCACCCUAGGUUUAAGACUUGUCUAACACACGGUUGUAUAUAUGGUGACAGUGCUGAGCACACCCAGGGGGUGAGGGUGUCACUAGCGCCAUCAGGGCCCGGGCUGGCUUUUGUAUUGGAGACUUAAGUAUCAUUAUUGAAUGGUUUUGUUUAUGGGAAGUGUCUUGUGAAUUCUUUGGAGGACCAUCAAACUGUCCAAACAGGUAUGCCAGCGUCUCCCACUGGGUCGUGGUUGGGAGAGACAUGACACAGCGUUCGCAUGGGCCAGCAGGCCCUGCUCAGCACACACAGCCUUACCCCCCCCCCCGAUACCCAGAACCCCCCUGAACUCCCCCUGCACCACCCCAAUGAGCCACCCGCACCUGGAGCCCCACCCUACCUAGCCCCAACCAGCUGCACCUGGAGCCCCACCUCACUGAGCCCCUCUCCUACAGCAUCUGGACCCCCACAUUGAUCCCCACACCAAGACUCCCUGACAAGCUCUAUCUCCCCCCACACCCAGACCCCCACCACUGAGCCCAAACCACCUUCACCUGGACCCCCUGCAGAGACCCAUUACCAUUGCACAAGAGGGUGCCCCCCCAAGCCCCUGUGCAUCCAAAUCCCCCCUGCACCCAGAUCCCCCACUGAGCCACCUGCCCAGUCCAGAUUGCCCCACACAGAACCCUCUCAACCCACACCU